UUCACGAGAUCCAUAGUUGGUGGGAGUUCAGGUGAAGAUGUGGGGGGUUGAUCAGAUCAAGCGGUAGGAAGUCUCUGACCCACUGACAUUCUCUUCAGUUACUUGGUAGACACAAACGUCGGUAAUCUGUGACUGAGAGUUUCGAUGCCGGUAAUCAGGAUCACUGGUCAGAUACUUUUUGAAAGGAGAAGGUAACCCUACGUCCGCAGGAUCACGACUUGUCGAAUUUCGCACUGAGAUGCGUUUGAAUCGCGGCUUGCUGACAAGUGUCGCUGCCUGCCUGACCAUUCUUUUCAUCCUUUUGAAUUCAAAAUCUGCGGUGGAAAUCGUUGACAAUUCUGAAAGUGACGUAGAAAAGCGUUUCGCGGGAAAACAGGAGAUCUAUAAACGCCAGACGUAUCGAUAUGUCACACCCUCUCUUGCGGAAUUGGGUGCUCAUGGAAAUUUGCCGAGAACGAACAAGCAUACUUUAAUGUUAACACGGGUGCCAGAUGCUGGAACCGAAUUGUUGGUGUUGAUUUUGCAACGUUUACAGGGUUACAAUGCUUUUAAGCACAUACGAUUGCCACCAGGUGAUCACAAACUUUUGUCAACUUUACAACAGGAAUUACUAGUGGAAGAAGUUACAAAUAUCGUAAGACAGGAAGCGAUUCCUCUCAGUUUCGAUGGGGAUGUAAGGUUUUUGAACUUUUCAAAAUUUGGUCGACAAGCACCAACGUUUAUUUCUUUGGUGAGAAAUCCUAUAGGUGCUCGAACUUUACAAAGAUACCGCAAAAGGCAGGAAGUAGUAUUUGAAAGUAGAGCAAUACCCACGUUCUGCGGACAGGAUCCUCGUUGCACAGAGAUAAAUAAUAAAUGGGCAUUGCAACGGGCUAAAGCCAAUAUUGUCGAAUGGUACCCCGUUGUUGGGGUGUUAGAUUGCAUGGAGCAAUCGCUAGACGUAUUCGAACAUAAGUUUCCAUACUUUUUUCGUGGUGUUAGACAAAUUUAUAAAAAAAUUCGACCAAAAAAAAAGUAUUUUCCCAAUUACACGAUAACGCUAAAACCACGUGAAAGAAAUAUUUUCUUUAAACUUUUCGAGGAUGAGAUAGAAUUGUAUCGAUGGCUAAAGUUUCGACUUUUAAACGAAACGCGAAUUAAAGAUGGGAAAAGAUAAUAUUAACGAAACAAAUUGCCAUGUUCUAGUUUUAAAUUACACCAAAGAUGAUAAUUGUCCUAAACGUGAUAUGGUAAUAAUUUUUAGCGACGAGAAAGAUUAAAAUAUUUUAUUGAAAAAUGCAGUUAUAAAUUAUUUACUGCGAUAUAUAACUGUUUAUAUAUCAAAAUCGAUAGGCGCGCUUCUUGAAAAAUUGAAUAGUAGGUCCAUCUAUUGCCAGCAUAAAGAAACGAAGUAUUUGCUAUUACUACUUACGCGGUUUCUAUAAGCGCAUGAAAUCAAUGAACAGGUGUUUAUUACAAAAGAGAAACACAUCUUCGUUUUAAACGAAAUAUAUUUAUAUAGAAUAAAUAUGUUAAUAUACAAAAAACCAUUCAAAUAAUACUCCUCCUUUCGACGUACUUCCUCCUCCUUUAUUUUAUUCGAAGCGACAGAAGCAUAUUACGAAGCCAUUAUUGCUUAUUUACAUAUUAAUAGUAUCGAAAUGUAAAUGUUAUCCUCACUGAGGUUGUAAUCACUGUACCAAAAAUAGUUACCAACAUUGGUACAAUAGAAGGCGACAACUGAUUCGUAAUCUUACAAAGAAAAGGUCUGAUACAUUUAUUGUAUGAUAAAAUAUAUAAAAAUA